GAUAGGGAUGUUUCCAUCAUGGCGGCAUCCAUUUCAGGCUACACUUUCAGUUCUGUGUGUUAUCACAGCGCUAACAGCAACUCAGAUCAUGAGGGCUUCCUAUUAGGAGAUGUAAGGCAGGAAGAGACUGUCAGCAUCAGUGAUGCACAGAUUAGCAGUUCAGAGCUGCUGCAAGUAGUAGAAAUUCAUAAUCAUGACCCAUGUGCACAUUUAUUUAGCUUUUACGACUACGCAGGUACAGUCAGUGAGGAAAAUCUCAACAGCAUUCUUAAAGAUAGGCGAAAAAAUGUCAUCGGUUGGUAUCGAUUCCGGAGAAAUACGCAGCAGCAGAUGUCGUUCAGGGAGCAGAUCAUCCACAAACAACUCACUCAGCUGCUCGGUGUGCCCGACCUCGUCUUCCUUCUUUUUAGCUUCAUCUCUACAGCCAACAGCUCCACGCACGCACUGGAGUAUGUGCUCUUCAGGCCGAACCGAAGUAGGUACAACCAGAGGAUUAUUCUCACGAUCCCGAAUCUCGGCAACACAAGCCAGCAGGAAUACAAACUCUCCUCAGUACCAAACACCUCACUCAACUAUGCCAAGGUCAUCAAAGAGCACGGCGCCGAGUUCUUCGACAAAGAUGGUGUAAUGAAGGAUAUCCGAACAAUAUUCCAAGUCUACAGUGCCCUACAAGACAAAGUGCAGGCUGUUUGUGGAGAGGUGGAGCAAAGUGAACGUGUUAGAGAAAAACUUCAAGACGAGGUGAACAAACUCAAACAACAGAUCGCUCUCAGGAAACGCUUAGCUGCAGAAGAGGAAAGAAGGCUCCGUGAGGACUCCCGCUCCCCGCCUGAAGAGAACACGGAACCCUGCGAGGCAUCCUCCAUUCUUUCCAGAAUAGCUUUUGACGCACCCUCGGCCCCGGAGCGACCCAGUACCUCACCAAACCCCCCAUCAUACACUGACCUCUUAUCCCAAGACGACAAUCUGCUCUCCUCCUCUUCCCCGCCGACCAGGGCUGCUCUGUUGCCUCGGCCCCAAGCUGUGGGCUCACCGGGUCACCCAUCCCCGGCCCCCGUCCAGACAGACCUGGGACUCGGUCUCAGGCAAGGCAUGGGCCUCGGUGCCAGUUUAAGUCCUGUUGGCACUCCCAGCACCCCGUACCUCGGCAACGGCGAUGGAUCAAGCUCUGAUUCUUUAGAUAGACAAGCUGCUGGGCAAGAGGAUGACGACGAGGAGGAUGAAGAUGAGGCAGACGAGGACAGUAGUGAAUACGAGAACUUAGUGAGCGAAGGGUCUCAUUUGCCUCUGGUCUCAGCCAGCGUUUUAGCUCAAGGCCGACCGGCUGCCCUCGGCCCCGAUGGCGACGCCCGCGACUCACAAAUGACAUAGAAACACGCUACGGGAGAGGGACACGAGUCAGCGACACGCCUGUUAACGGUGGGAAUCGGAAGCAAUCAAAGAUGAGCAAAUGUAGACAAAAGGAAGUGCCAGUCCUGAAAGAGAAAGGCAUACACACAUGGUUUCCCACUGGGUAGUUUGUCAUAUUUUAGGGGAAAUCUUGCAAGGCGUUGCAGAUAUGUCUCACUGGUGUAAAACUUGUCUGUUUUUUUUUUUUUUUGUUUUGUUUUUUUUAUAGAUAUAUAUAUAUAUAUUCUUGAGGCCAUUCAAGGUACUUAAAUGUGGACCUGUCUGAUUUCUGAGUCAGAUGUGGAUUCAACAAAGCAAUUUCUGCCAGCUGGUUGGCUAACUUGCUUGUGAUAAAACAGCUCUACACUCUCUCUACGUUUGUUUUUCUGCAUUCUUUGUGUCACGUUUGCAUCAAAGGCUGAAGCGUCGUUUUUUGCAUUACUUCUUGCACAAUUUAUUUUUUUAUUCCUUUUUUUUCUUUUUGAUCAAUCCCUUUAAGAAAGUAAAGGGACAUGUUCUGCUGCCUUUAAACAAUAUUAAACAAAGGCAAAUGAUUACUGACUUAUUUGACUCUGUUCUACAGCGUCCGAUGAUUAAAGCAAAUGGUUGCCUGUUUAAACGAUUAAUAGAUUUCAAGUCAACGUUACUCUGCCACUUCCAUAAUAGGUGCUUUAUAUUCAUAAUAUGUAUAUGUAUUGUCACAUUAACAAUUUCUCUACUUUGAGUGAGAAUAUUAGUGACUUGUCUCUAGGAUUACGUUCAUGUGUUUUGCUGCACUUAAAUCUUAAGAUUCCUUUUUAUUUUUGCUUUACCAAUGCUGACAUAUUGUGUCCUUUUUGACAGUUUCAGCUUUUUUUUCUUCUCUGUCUUUGUUUUGCAUUGUACAGGGUUCACGGGGCAAACACAGUGUACUGUAGCUUUACUAACAAAAUGCUUAAAGUUCCCUUUGCUGCUGCAACACAGAGAGAUAGCCACUAGUAAAAGUUGCUUCUAUCUGUUCGUUUUCAUAUAAAAACUUGGCUGCUACCUUCAUUUUUACCAUUCUGGUUGUCUCAAUACUACUGACCGUGCUCAUAUAACCACUUCCAACGCGCUUUAUUACUGGCACGUCUCUGUGAAAGCUGUAAUGAAAGGCCUCUGGAGUGUGUUGAUUUUGACAGUGGAAAUGAAUCUCUUUGCCUUCUUGUCUUUGCUUAGUUAACAGCAGCGCUAACGCAUUCUCAUCUGCUUGGGCCGACGUUGCGAGUGUGGACCUAGAUAAUGUGAUUUUGUUAUUAUUUUUUUCAUAAAAUAUCUUGACCCUGCUUUAGUAUACAGUGCCUUCCACUCUGGGCAGUCUGUGUCUGUUCUCAGAAUCAAGAUUUUAGUAGAGCAGUGAAAGUAGAUAAACAUCUUCUGUCUUUUCCAUUAUCAGCUUUCAGAGGUUUUUUUUUUUUUUUUAACUUUAAGGUACUGCAACUAUUUCUUCACUACCUAAAUAUUUUCCAUGUAAUAGGCAUGGGCCAGUUUAAUUUCAAUAAAAAAAUACUAUGGUAUCAAUUUAUUUCAACAAAGAUUUAAAACAAAUAAUCUAAAUCAAUUCAUUAACAAAGCAAAGGCAAUAAUUUUUACUGCUACUGAAAUAAUCUUCCUAUGUUGACUAUUACAGGUAUAAUAACACUUUCUGAAACCUUUAUUUUAAUUUGGUACAUGGACUUCUAUGCUACUCCUUUUGUGACAGUGCCAUGAUUUAUGCGUUUGUGCUGUGUGUGCUUUUCGUAAUGGAGAAUGGUUACAAAUAGCUUAAUUUGUUUGGCAAGGGAAAAGUGCUGUAGUUUCUUUCAGGAAGCUGGCUGGCAAUGCACAGUAAAAGAGGAGAAUGUCACCCUGAGCCCUUCUGUGCUCUGCACAGCAAAGCUUUAAGAGUUUAGUUUAUUAGGUCAGUAAUUCUCAAAGUAUGAUAACCUUGAGUAAAGAGCUGUUUCCAAAAUGUGACUUUAUGAAAACUGGAAAUAUUAACAGAUUGGAUGUUAUUCUUGGCGCUAAGAGAUCUCUGAAAACUGCCAUUUUCUUUCACAUAGUAUUGAAAAGAUUAAACUGGAAAAUGUUGUAGAAUACAAUUCAUAUAUAGGUAAAUGGCCCAUGCCUAUUGUCUACCUGCAUCUCGAGUUUAUUUGUCUUGCUGUCUGGAAUAACUUCUGUAUCUUAAAAGUUGCAAUGUUGGUUUGGCUGCCUAAUUGCUUGAAACUGGAAAUGCAGCCAAGGCCAAUGAACUGGGAAGCCUUCAAGAAAAAGUUGAUGACUGACAUUUAGAUCAAUGCGUUUGCAGAUGGCGCCCACAGGAGCGGUGGAUAACUGGGUUGUGGAAAAACCUUUUGCAUGAACCGGUGACUUCUAGACACUGUUAAAUUUAGCAUGGACAUAGCUUGCACUGCACCGGAUAUAUUUUGUGGAGGGGAGAGGUUUUGUCUUGUGAACAAGCUUGGCUUUAUUUAGACACUCGGUUUGUAUGUCAUUUUUUUUCUUGUGUGUUUUUUGUUUUAUUUUGUUUUCCCUUGCCCUGAUGUGUAAUGCCAAUGCAUCACUGACCAGGAACUGGCACUCAAAAUGACCUAGAGUAACAAUUGUGCAAAGAAAAAUGAAAUGACUUAAAUGAGCUUUUGAGGAGUGCAAUUUCCUUGGAAACCUGAAUUAAGGAAAUAAAUAAUGAAUGUAUAUUAGACAGUAGUGGAUAACAUAUAAACAGCACUUACUGUACUGUAUAAGCUUGUCUCAGAUGAGUGAUGUGAAGGUAUAGAGCAGCAUUUCUCAGAGAUUGUCCUCUUAUAAUCUUUGUUCUUCACACCUUCUGAUAAAUGUUUUGUGGGCAUUGGCCCGGGUGAAAACUUUGCAGCUCCUUGGUGCAGAAGAUUGACCAUAUGUGAGAAUCUACACUGUUUAGAUCGAUAUGUUUUCAAGUUGCAGCAUAAUCCAAAUGUAUACUCACGUACUCUCACUGUACGAGGUGACCUUUUGCUUCCUCUGUGGAGAGGACCGUAACAUAAUCACCUCACCUUAAAGCACAAAGUUCAGUGCACACACCUUAGAUCUUCUGGAAUUUUAUCUGGAUUUGUGUAUAUGAUGAAAGUUGACCAAGGACUUGUUUGGUUAAGCACAGAGAACGAGGUGGAUAAACCGAGGGAUAAUAAAUGAGACGUUCAUAUGUGA